AUGCUAAUUAAAAACCUGUAAAAAUGGAGCAACUAACUAAAGAAAAUGAAGACAAACCCACAACAUCUAAAAGUAAUCUUCCAACGAGUGAAACGCAAAAGGUGGAAGGCAAAGUAGAAAAGCCUCAUAGCAAUAAUGCGGAAUUGGACAUUACAAGUGAAAGCUUUAAUCCCUUAAAAGCUUUGUAUGCUCCAGAAUAUCGGGUGACAGAGAAACAACCCAAAAUAAUUUAUCAAAAUAUGGCUGCUUUCGAAACAGCCCUAAAAAAGGUAGGAAUAUUAGGUUUAAAUAAAAAACCCAAAAACCCUCAGGCUUCCGGAAGCAAAGAUGGUAAACACAAAAACCCCUUUUUAGUGGAAGAGGAAAAAACACAGAGAAGAUUUCAAGAUCAUCAGUUGGCCAUAAGAACAGAGGCGAAAGUUAAAAACAAACAUCAAAGGAAUCUGUUAAUGCAAAUGGCGCAAUCGGAAGGUCCACUCAAACAAUUACAACAAUUUGCUAAAGAAGGCAAUACCAUAAGAGUACUCGUAAGAAGAGAACAUGGGAUUAAGGGCUAUGUGGAGGGUGUGUUAAAAAUGUUUGAUCGCCAUUGGAAUCUUUUGCUGGUGGAUGUGUUAGAAUGCUUGGAACAGCGUAAAUAUAAAUAUGUCGAUGAUAAAUUAGUUACUCAUCAAGUGCCACAGGAUUGCUCACAUAUCUUGCAACAAUUAGGAAUUACACUGCCACAACAGAGCGUUAAAAGUUUGGGUAGAAAACGGGUGGAGAUUAAACGACAUUUGCCACAGCUUCUUUUGCGUGGGGAGCAUGUUGUUUUAGUUUCAGCUAAAUUAUGUAAAUAAUGUAUAAAUAGUGUUU